CUUCGUUGCCUAUCCCGGGGAUUAUAACGCGGGAGCUUUUCUUACUCUUCGCGUUCACCAAGUGUCCAACAUGGAAGAGGAACGUUGCGUUGCAUCUUCCCGUUUCUUAAAUGUCCUAGGGUAUAGUGCAGGAUUCAUGGCCGUAGCUUCCGGUUUGAUGUUCCUAGGGCAACGGGGAGCCUUAGCUGUGGUAACAUCCACCCUUCUUCGGUGAAUGGGUAUUUCUCUAAUCUGAAAUUAAGUCCCUGCACUCCCUACACACAAAAUCAUGCCAAAGAGAGCUGGCAGGAGGCAGGGUGGAGCAGAGUAAUGGUUUUUGCAGGGGCCCAGGAAAUAAAAGUAUUUGACAUGCUAAAGCUGAAAAAAUGUGUGCCGUAUAGAACAUUUCUCUGUACCCACCACACUUGUUGCUUAUUGGCAAUGACUGUGAUAUCUAUAUCUAUAUAAGUAUAUCUAAAAGAUAUACUGGAAGUGUGAAUGUUUAUUAAUAAAUUUACAUUGGAUUGGCCCAGUGUAGAGAGGAGACAAACUAGAAAAAAAAACACCAUUCCUACCUCCACUUUUUCUUUUUCUUUUUUUUUUUUUUUCUUUUUUUCCACCUUGAACAUGUCGUUUUUGUAGGGCCUUAGCUUUCUAUUGCCAGAUUGGUAAAGCUUCCUAAGCUCUAUUCCCCCAUAAUCUCCAAAAGUCUCAAAUAGUUGCUGGAAUGGUAGUUUUGGGUUUGUAGCCCUCUGUUCCUCCUCUAUUUUAGUCAGAGAUUAAAUUUUGGUUCAGUAAAAGAUUUGUGAGAAUUGCUUAAAAUUUGCAUGUAGAAGUCACCUCAAGCAAGGAAUUUGCAAAAUUCUUGGGUGUUUGUUUGAACUAGUCAAGAAACUGCUGUAAUAUUUGAUCAAAAUAACAUUUUUAGUGGCUGCUGAAUCAUAGACUGAAAAGGUAGACAUCCCUGUUUUAGUCUCUACAACAACUAUUGUAAUGUGUGUUUACCCAUGGUUUACUCCUCUCGCGAGGUUGUCUGGCUACAGGCACUGCAUUACUCCGGAGGUGCUGCUGUGCUGAUGCUCUGUCUGUUCACAGUUAUGGGCAAAGCCGAAGGCUCUGUGGCUAGGGAAGAAUGGCAUGGACAUGUUACUGCUCUGUCUGUUGCACCAGAAUUUCGACGGCUGGGUUUGGCUGCUAAAUUGAUGGAGCUCCUGGAAGAAAUUUCAGAAAAAAAGGGUGGAUUUUUUGUCGAUCUCUUUGUGAGAGUAUCAAAUCAGGUUGCUGUAAAUAUGUAUAAGCAACUAGGCUACAGUGUGUACCGGACAGUCUUAGAGUACUACUCAGCUAGCAGCGGGGAGCCAGAUGAAGAUGCUUACGAUAUGAGAAAAGCUCUUUCCAGAGAUACAGAGAAGAAAUCAGUUAUACCUCUGCCUCAUCCUGUGAGGCCAGAAGACAUCGAGUAACCUUGAGCUGUGGUUCUCAUGCAGUUUACUAAGUGUCAGGUUCCACCUCCUAUAACCCCCAACAACUCAUGGAUAAGAAGUUUUAGGCCGGAUUUUUUUCCCAUAAAAUACUAAAAAGCAGUGUUGAGAAGCUGACUAACACUGCUUCUAUUGGUAAUGGCUGUAUACUGCCACACUUUGUUAUUUUUCCUUUCAUGUAUUGGAGAUUUGGAGAUUAUUAAAAUGGAAUUACCUCCUG